CCCGCGCGUGAGGCCAGCAGCGUAAUGCCGUCCUCCCUCCCCCCUCUGGAAGCCGCUCUUCGCUGUCCGGAGAGUUUCUUGCAGCCCAGCCGAAGAAAAGUUUCCAUGCUCGCCAGUUGUUCUUUUUAGGCUCGCAAGCUGGUGGUACCAAGCUCGACUACUCCAUUUCGUGUUGUUUUUCUGAUCUCUUUCACUUGCGGAAUUUGAUCUUUAAACUUUUACUCGCAUUAAAAUCAUCGUUCAUGACUUGAUGAGUUCGUGGGUAAUUCUAGCAUGCUGUGAUUAUCUAGUAACCUAACUCGAGCGAUUUCAAUGUGGCUGGCUUAAUGCAGGAGGCAAGUUGCCAAGUGUUCAUCAUAAGAGAAAGUUAGUAUCAGUAUCACCGGCAUGGAAAUAGAAAUGGAAAUCGAGCCAUUCGAUGUAAGUGGAAACAUCAACACAACAAUGGCCAAUUUGAAUUCGUCGUCGCGGUCAUUCGACGUGGACACGGAAACGUUCCAGGACUACGAGCUGGGAGAGUCCCACGAUUACGUCAUCGCCAGUAACUUCUCCGCUCACUUGAGUUCCCUGGAGGAGGAGGAGGAGGAGGAGGACCCAUCCUUGUGGGUCCACAACACUACUUACUUCCCUACUGAAACUGGAGGGUACUCAGUGGGGGAGAACAUCUCCACUAUGGCGCUCUCGAUUUCUUCCUACGAGAGGUUCAUGGACGAAUCGCGCCACUGGGUCCAGAGGGUGCUGGUGCCGUUGGUCAUGUGUGUGGGCGUCUUCGGGAACUCCGUCUCCAUGGUGGUGCUGACCCGUAGGAAGAUGAGGUCCUCCACCAACAAUUACCUGACGGCUUUAGCCAUUUCCGACCUCCUUUACCUGGUGUUUGUGUUCUCGCUCUCUCUCCAACAUCACCCGGACAUUAAGCAGCCGAGGCACUGGUUCUACUGGCAAUACUUCCGCUAUGGACUCUGGUUCACUGAUGCAUCCAGUAGCACAUCCAUCUGGUUGACGGUGACUUUUACCAUCGAGAGGUAUAUAGCCAUCUCUCAUCCUAUCAAGGGCAAGGUCCUGUGUACGGUCUCCCGAGCUAAGAAAGUGGUGUUGGUCGUGUACCUACUGUGCUGGCUCCUGACGGCGACGACGCCCCAUGAGUGGGUAGUUAUCACCCGCACCUCCAAGAUCGGGGAGCCAUACCUCACUCUCGACUACAGCAUCCUUGGCCAAGACUCCACCUACAGACACACCUACUACUGGUUCACAGCUGUGACGUUUAUCCUGCUUCCGCUGUGCCUGCUGGUCGUUUUCAACUGCUUCCUGAUGCAAGCAGUGAGAAGGAGCAAACUUCAGCGCCGGAAGAUGACGAUGGUCUCCGAGAGAGACCAUUACAGCCACCAGCAAGAACACAAGAUCACUGUGAUGCUCAUCGCCGUGGUCAUCUUGGCCCUUGUUUGCCAGAUGCCCACGGCUGUCCUCCUUCUCUACAGCACAGUGUACGAACCUCCUCCAAAGACGAAAGCUUUUGCCAUCAUGAGAGGACUGGGAAACAUUUUCAACCUUCUGAACGCCAUAAAUGCUGCGGCAAAUUUCAUUCUGUACUCAGCCUUGUCGGACAAGUACCGCCGAACGUUCCUGAUAACGUUCGUGCCCUGCGCUUACCACCAGCAGCCUCAGUCACACUCAUUCGUGACCUCGACCGACGGAAGACGAAACACAGCAGACAAUGCCUCCAUCCGGACCUUGAGCCGGCGGGUGUCCAAAAAUUCCACGCCCUCGCCCAUGCCGCUCAAAGACUCUCCGAGGAUGAUAAAGUCCGGGUCAUUUAAGGAGAACGGCGUCGGAGGAGCGCUGGACGCCAAGGUCAAGCUCCAGUACGGCUUCGGCCGCGCCAAGAGGAGCAUGAACCUCAGUCCCCUGGACGCCUACGUACAAAUCAACAACUCCGACCUGAGCAGCCGCAGCCCAAGUUACGACAGCAGCAGCAACAAGAUCAGGUCGAACUACAAUUCCAGCAUGCGAUGUCGCCGUGACCUGCAGUGCUUCGACUCGUAUAACUACGGGAGUACCGACUAUGAGAACGAGGCCAAUAAUCACUGCAAGACCAGCAAAGACGGCGUCAGACGCCUUGGGCCAAAAUCCGAAGCGGACAAGAUGAUAGACAUCAUCACGGUGGAGACUGUCACUCCCAGCUCCUUCAGCAGCCUGGAGGACAGCGACCCCAUCCACUUCAAGUUCAUAGACGACGAGAGCCUGGACAUCUGCCGCUCGCCGUCCUCCAUCCGCAGACCCAAGUUCACCUUCGGGGAAGACGGCGCCUCUCACUUCUUGGGGUCGUGCGAGAGUCCCGGGUCGUCUCUCCCGGCGCUGUCGCCUGGCUCGACCGUCAAGUCGUCAGACUCGUCCAAAGAGACGACCAUACUGUCACCUGACUAAUGUCAGUGGUUAGCGUGAAAAAAAAAAAAGACAAAA